UUCAUGUACAGUUACAAAGAGUUCAAAGUCCUUUAAACUCCUUUUUCCAAUUGGAGAGGAGGGGUUUGAUCUGUCUGGUAAACCCUCUGCAGGCACAUGCUAUCCAAUGGGGCCCUGAGCGGUGGAGGCUGCCCAUUGUUGAUGACCUGACUGCUGUACCAGGAGGUGGGAGAGCCCAGGUAGAGGGAAGCAGUAAAAUCUGUGUUGUUUAGAUGGGAGUGUUCUCAAGAGGCCAUUGGCAGGCACCUGCUUUCCCCUCCCCUGGGCAGCUCUCGGCAGUGAGCACAGCUCCAUACACCUGCUGCCGGACUCACCCACACACCAUGAAAGCUCUCCGGGGCCGCUACACUCUCCUGACUGGCUGCCCGGAGGAAGCCCAGCCCCUGCAGUGUGUCGAGACUGCUGAGCAGGAGGACCCAGGCCGGGCAGGCACGGGAGUGACAGCAUCACCCCCGGAGGAGCCCUACCAGCUGGUGCUGAAUGGAGAGAGCAACGUCCUGCGUGCAGAGCAGGUCCAGCAGCUGGUGCCCCACCUUCCGCCAAGAGUGACCGGGUACCCUUGGAACCUGCUCUACUGCACCGCCAGGGAUGGGUUUAGCCUGAAGAGCAUGUACAGGAGUAUGAACAAGCUGAGUUCUCCUGUGCUGCUGGUCAUCCGAGAUACCGAUGGGCAGACGUUUGGGGCCUUCUCCUCCACUGCCAUCCGACUCAGCAGCUGCUUUUAUGGCACAGGGGAGACUUUUCUCUUCUCCUUCUCCCCGGAGUUAAAGGUGUUUAAGUGGACAGGCACCAACACUUUCUUCAUGAAAGGCGAUGCAGAUUUGCUAGUGAUUGGCGGAGGCAGUGGCAAAUUCGGCCUGUGGCUGGAUGGGGACCUGUACCAUGGGGGAAGCCACCGAUGUGAGACAUUUGACAACGAAAUCCUGUCGCCCCAGGAGCAGUUCUUUAUUCGGGACCUGGAGGUUUGGGCCUUGACCUGAGCCCACCACACCGGGGGCCGUGGGAACUGACUGCUCUCACAUGGACCCUGGCUGGGCCUGGCAGCUGUUCCCAGCAGUGUCUGGAACCCUUCCAGAAGGUGGUGCUCAGCCCCUCUUCCCCUUAUGCACAAGGCUUUGCCAGGCUGUGCUCCUUUCUCCUCCCCGGCCAGCACUCACGCUCCAGAGAGGGCAGCAGGGCGUUCCCACCCAUUUUCCUGUCAGGGUGCUCACCCUGCGGGGCAUCAGAGCAGCCCUAGUGGGUGGCUCCACAAGCACUGGAUUUCAAUGCAAACGGAAUCUCACAGGCAACUGGGCAAUUUAAAAAUUAAAUUCCCAUGUGAAGCGACUGAGUGUUAGCAGCAGGGGAGCUGCCUGCUGGGACAUGCCCUGCCGUGAACUUGGGAAGUGAGCUCAGCUGUUGUUCACAGUGAGUGAGGGCAACCUCCCCUCCCCCGUGGCAGAGACAGCAGGGGCAGCAUGAGGGUAUUGACAUGGGCUUGCUCGGCCCUGCCAGCGUUUAGAGCUCCAUGAGAUGUGAGGGCUAGGGCUCCUCCCCCAUCCCUGCUCUCAGAGAAGCUUAGUGAAGUUAGGCCAAGACCAGUAUCGGUGGUGCCUGAAAAGCUACAUGAAAGGGGCACAAGGACCACACGUUUUUCUGUUGCUUGUAACGAGAUGGGCCUGAAUCAAAGCCCUGAUCCCAGCACCCCAAGUUGCAGGACAGCUUCCCAGUCACUGUUUCCCCCUGCCCCAGCAACAUCUGACUUAGCCAGGUAUUUGGGCACAUUCCCCCCAAACAAAACACUGCCACUGUCUCCUGUCCCUAACAGGCCAAAACAAAUCCCACAGCAAAAUCCCUCCUGACUCCUCCUCCCAUGGUCAGGGCCUGAGCAGGGCCUGAGCAGAGCAUGGCAGCUGGCACCAAUGCCUAGAGACUACCACUGUGGACCCAGAGAGCCUGCAGCACUGAUGAGCUGUUGGCUUGAUAUGGCAUCAGACUUCUCACCCACAGCCAGAUGACUAGGAGCUAGCUGGAAACGGCAGCACUGCUUCCAGGCAACUGUGAACUCUGUUCAGACUCCGGAGGCUUAAAGCACAUGGGAUUCAGCAUUUGGAUCCCCUCACAGCAAGCUGAACCCCAAGAGGUGAGGAGUUGGUGGCUGUCAUGGAUUUAGUCUGUCAAGGACUGUAUGGCUCCACCUAUUCAAACACCAGAGUUGCUUGUAAAACUUGAAUAGGCAGAAGAAUCCAAAUCAGACGCUCUGGGAUCAGAGCAAGGGAAGCACAGAGAGGUUUA